CUCUCGCUAACUGACUGACCGACUGACUCAUCCUUGAACUAAACCCGGGUCAGUCGCCCUGCCAUGCCCUUGCGCAUCACUUCCGCCCCCGUCUCUGGUGUCAAGAAGAAUAAAAAACCCGCCAACUCGAGGCCGCGCGCCUCUCCCUUCGCCACUCAUGCCCGUCGCAAACCAUCGGCUCAGUCCUCAUCCACCAUUCUGAAGGCCGAUGAUGAUGACCAGGGCCCGCUGCCAGAUGUCGGCAUCUCCCGAUAUGUCCCGGAGACUGUGCCCGUCACAGAUGUCGUUCACGCCCUCCAGUACAUCCGCGACACCAUGUUCGAGGACCUCCCCCGUCGGGCCGGGAUGAACAGCACGCGCAUCGCCGAAGUCCUCAACUUUCGCCGGACGCUGCCUCCCCUAGCCUCGGUCGCCCACGUUCAUACGUUGCUGGAUGCGCCAACCAAGGUGGAGAAGGAGAUCGUGGAACUGGUCCGCGCCGGUCGAGUCCGCCGGUUGAUCGUUCCUGGGAGAGGGAACGAUGCGGCCGGGCUGGGCGACUGCCUGGUUCUAACGGAGGACUGGGAACGGCUGGUGCGGGACAGCGCCGCUCUGGAGGCGCCGCUGAAAGAUAAAUUCCUGCAACUGCUUGGGCGGAUGGGGAACACGUCCACCAUCCCUGGCGCAAUCUUCUCCCCACCGGAGUAUAUGGCUCUGGUCCGAGCCGGAUUCCUCGUCUCUUCCUCAUCCCUCGUGAAAGGCUCGUCAAGCCUUGCUUCCCUACCCGGUCUCCCAACCGUCUCUGCCAUUCCGGCUUCCGCGAGCCGGAACGGCGCCGCUGAGCCGAACGAUGCCUUCAGGGCCGAUCCCUCCCAGUUCCAUACUGCCACUCUUUUCCUUUCAUUACCGAACACGGGGCCUUACCUUCGGAUGCUGGGCGCCGGCCGGUCGCAUCUUCUCUCGCUCCUGAAAAGGUCGAGCUCGAGCGAGGCUCCCGUGUACCUUCUGCGUGACCGGUGGGAUGGUGCCGUGGAGACUGAUAAAAGCUUCAGCGUAGCGAAGAGGACGAGGGGCGAGUUCUCGGGCAUCUUGCCUGGUCGAACAAAGAAGUGGAAGGAUCUCUACGGGAUGACCUUCCGCUGGGUUCUGGAGGAGGCCCUCGGGGCUGGGCUGAUCGAAACCUUUGACACUGGCAGCGUUGGCCCUGCCGUGCGCUGCUUGUGAACCUGGCCAGUUCAAUCAGUUUCGAAACAGCCUUGGCUUUUGAGGUCGUGCUGGUUUGUCUCCGGGCAUGGUAUAUUAUAUGAUACCCACGAAGCAGUCCGUGCCUGGACCGAAUCGACCCUGUAACUAG